AUGGGGAACCUGGCUGAGAUUCGACGGAGGUCAAGUGGGCGGAACGACAUCUGGCUCCGCUCGUCUGACUGUGAGUCCCAGCAGCUCCCAGCAGCUCUGUUUAAAGAUACAUUUGUGUCUCUCAGCUGUGAGGAGGACGACAGCUCUGCUGGAUGGACUCUGAGGAGAAACACAAGCAAACAACAGAGGACUCAGUGUGGAAUAAAGUGGGGAAAAGCAUCUGGUUCCAACUGUAACAUCACUGGUGUUCUCCCAUGGGACAGUGGAGUUUACUGGUGUGAGUCCAGAGAGGGUCCCAUCAGUAACAUGGUUAAGCUGACAGUCACUGGUGGAUCAGUGAUCCUGCAGAGUCCUGUCCUCCCUGUGAUGGAGGGAGAUGACGUCACUCUGCUCUGUAAAACAAAGACCACUCCCUCCAACCUCCCAGCUGCUUUCUAUAAAGAUGGCUCCCUCAUCAGGAAGCAGCCUACAGGUCACAUGACCAUCCAACAUGUUUCCAGGUCUGAUGAAGGCCUCUACAAGUGUGACAUCAGCGGUCAUGGAGAGUCUCCAUCCAGCUGGAUCACUGUCACAGUGAUAAACACAUCCACCAGUGGUGAGCAGGGAUUGGACAAGGAGGUUGAUGAUGUCACCCCAGAGCAUCACAGAGCAGUUAUGAACUGAAUCAAACCAGCGCUGUGUGUUUAUCAGCUGUUUCCACUUUGCUUUUGUUUACAUGUUUUCUGAACCAGAUCAUAAACUUUUGACUCUACAUGUAUCAUCUGUUCUCAGGAAGACUUUGUCAUGUUCCACGAUCAUGUCCCAAAUUUGUUUAAAUCUUUAGC